UUACGUAGUCUACAUUCAAACUCUGAACUUUCCUCCCAUGCAUAUAUAAAUCCCUUUAGACCAGAAGGUAGAAUCACACCAAAUAUAAGGAGAAAUGGCAGAGGGAAAUACAAGUAGCAGAAGCAGUAAGUGGUCUUUGAAGGGGACGACAGCUCUGGUCACUGGUGGAUCCAAAGGAAUAGGAUAUGAUAUAGUGGAGCAAUUAGCAGAGCUAGGGGCCACUGUACACACUUGUGCUAGGAACGAAGCUGAACUCAAUGAAUGCUUAAAUCAAUGGGUCACAAAAGGAUACAAAAUCACUGGUUCAGUCUGUGAUGUUGCAUCUCGUGCACAAAGAGAGGAUCUCAUAGCUAGAGUCUCUUCUGAGUUCAAUGGCAAACUCAAUAUCCUUGUGAACAAUGUGGGAACAAACAUGCAAAAACAAACACUAGAUUUUACUGAGCAAGAUUUCUCAUUUCUGGUGAAUACCAAUCUUGAAUCUGCUUUUCACAUAAGCCAGCUUGCACAUCCACUACUCAAAGCUUCAAACAAUGCAAGCAUCGUUUUCAUGUCCUCCAUUGGUGGUGUAGCAUCACUAAAUAUAGGAACUAUCUAUAGUGCAGCAAAAGGAGCAAUAAUCCAGCUUACAAAAAAUUUGGCAUGUGAAUGGGCUAAAGACAACAUAAGGACUAAUUGUGUUGCACCAGGGCCAAUCAGAACCCCUCUUGCUGCAGAACACUUAAAAGAUGAAAAACUUCUGGAUGCUUUCAUUGAAAGAACCCCUCUUGGACGUAUUGGAGAACCAGAAGAGGUGUCUUCCUUGGUGGCAUUCCUCUGCUUACCUGCAGCCUCUUUCAUAACAGGACAGACCAUUUGUAUUGAUGGCGGGUUAACUGUCAACUGUCUCCUUCUACAAUAAGCUAGGCUUGAAAAGCUUAUAUUUUGAAGCUGAUGACACAAAAAAAUAAUGUUGAUGGUUAUUAUUACACGUACACAUAAGUCGUGUUUUCAUUUUACUUCAAUGAGUUUUUCAGAAAAGUUUAUAGAUAAAUGUUCAAUUGAGUUAAUUAUUCAAACUCACUACUUGUAAUCUAUGUGGGAGACUAGAGACCAGAUCCAAAUUUCAUGUGGGAGUGUUGCUUACCUGAUUUGGAGACAUUUCUUCUUUCUAGAAAAAGAUUUGAUAUGGAGACACUUGAGAUACCAUAUUGAAGUAUGUGUAUUUGUAAACAGUAAUGCUAUUGAUCGCGAAAGAAAACAUGCCGAGAACAUCGCGAAUGAUUUUGAA